AAAUGCCAAACAUGAUGCCAUAGACAGAGAUGAAAAGCUUCGGACCAGACCAGCCACUGAUCCCAAGCAUCGUUCAAGCUUUGGGUCUCUGUUGUUGGACAACGAAGAUGAAAAGCUUUGGAUCAGAGCAGCCAUUGAUGGAAUUCAGAAAACCAAGUCCCAUGACAAAGUCAAGCAUUAUGACAUGGACAAAGUGGAAAAGCUUCGGAUCAGAGCAGCCACUGAAGCUUUUCUUGCAAAACUGUUUGCCAGCAUUUCUUCUGUUAAAGCUGCAUAUGCCCAGUUACAGUUUGCUCAGUCUCCGUAUGAUGCAGAAGGGAUUCAAUCUGCUGAUCAGUUGGUAGUUUCGGAGUUAAAAAAAUUGUCUGAAUUGAAGCAUUGUUACUUGAAGAAACAGUUUGAUGCUGCUUCUCCUGAAACUGCCCUAUUGUCUGCUGAACUUCAGGAGCAUAAGAGUCUUUUGAACACCUAUGAAAUUAUGGCAAAAAAGUUGGACUCUCAGCUUAAGCUCAAAGACUCGGAAAUCACCUUUCUUAGAGAGAAAUUGGAGGAGGACAAGAGAGAGAAAAAGAUGCUUGAAAAGAGAUUGAAUUCAAGUGGGCCAUUAUCCAUUCAUGACAAUCUUCAUUUAUCAGGCUUGAGCCCCAGCCAUUUCAUUACAGUUCUUAGGCAGACAAUUAAAUCAAUUAGGAGCUUUGUUCGGUUGAUGAUCAGUGAGAUGGAAUCUGCAGGGUGGGAUUUAGAUGAAGCAGCCGAUUCAAUUGAAUCGGAUGUCAUGUACUGGAAGGCGAACCACAAAUGUUUCGCAUUUGAGUCCUUUGUUAACCGAGAGAUGUUUGAUGGUUUCAACUACCCGAACUUCUCUCCUCCAAAUGAGACUUUGCUGGAGCGAAAAACACAGCAGCGUCUAUUCUUUGACAGAUUCAUGGAAUUGAAAUCCAUGAAACCAGAGGAAUAUCUUGCCUGGAAGCCUAAAUCAACCUUUGCGAAAUUUUGUCGCUCCAAGUACUUGAGACUUGUUCAUCCGAAGAUGGAAUCAUCGCUUUUAGGCAAUACGAAUCAGAGAAAGUUGGUGAGUUCUAGUGAAUAUCCUGAAACAACCUUCUUUGUCACAUUUGCUGAAAUGGCGAAGCGGGUUUGGCUCCUGCACUGUCUGGCCUUCUCUUUCGAACCUGAAGCCUCAAUCUUUCAAAUGAGGAAAAGGAGUCGAUUCUCUGAAGUGUACAUGGAGACCGUGAACGAAGAAGCAUUCUUAUCAUCUAAUGGCACACCGGAAAGUGAAACUCGUGUGGCUUUCACAGUGGUUCCGGGGUUCAAGGUUGGCAAAACUGUUAUACAGUGUCAGGUAUAUCUAUGUUGAUCUUAAACUUGGAUUGAUCAUUGAUUUGUUGUAUGCAAAGAUCCAAAUAGUCGCCUGAAUUUAUGCCCACGGCAUGAAAGGAUUGAACUGGAGGCCACUGGCUUGAUUGAUAUUCUGAGUAAAAUCGUAGAGAUAUGGGUGCCAUCAGCCAUGGUGAGUGGUUGCUGAGUGUGGGCUUUUUGUCUCGUGUUGAUUUGAAAAGGAAAGUGGGUAGACAGUAGUGUGGGAACAACCUUUGAAAAUUCAUAGAAUCCUAGGGGGUAUUGUUAGCUGUAUAUUAUACGAUUCCUCUAUACCAAAAAGGUGUUUCUCUGUGCCAUUAUAUAUCAACAGAUG